UCCCAUGAAGCAUUGCUUCUGUCGCCAUAGUAGCGGGAAGUUCAUUUUAGCUUACCGCUAUUAUGAACACCCCGGUUCGCCUCUACGCCGCUUUACCAGCGGCAGAAACCGGCGGUAAAGACAAACAGCAGGGCCUGGAGGUAACAGCACUUCAGAGAGAAAGUCUCGGUAAGCCGGUGAGGGAGGUUCAGGUCACCGGGGUGGCGGAGGUGUCCUGCCCGGCCGACAGAGCGUCGGUGCGGGUCAGUGUGACCAGCACUAAGGAGUCGGUGAACGAGGUGACCAACAGCAUUUCACGGCGACUGGAAUACAUUUUACAGACUAUCAGACAACAUGGCAUCAGGGAUGACCAUAUGUCAGUGAGACAGUUUCUUCACCGAGAUGCCAAUACCUUUAGUAUGAAUGCAGAGAUCGUGGUGACUUUCUCAGAAUUCCAGAAGAUGGAGCAGAUGUGUAGGAUCUUGCUGGAAAAGCUGGAUAGGAGCGUCCAUGUGGGGGCCACCCAGUUCUUCCACAGUGCUGCCUCCCUGAGUCAGCUGAGGCUGCAUGCGUGUGUAGCAGCUGUCGAAAAUGCUCAGCAGAAGGCCAGCAAGAUCAGUCAGCUCCUGGGGGAGAGUCUGGGAUCUCCCCUGCUGGUCAGAGAGGAGGAGACCAAGGAGUGGAGGAAUGAGGAGGAGGCUGCGGCCAGAGAACACAGCUCAACAGCCCUUCCUCCUCUCCUUCCCCACAUACCUAUAGCCACCGCCUCCUCGCAGGUGUCUGUUUCCUUCAGCUUCAGAGACAAAAGCAAGAAGAAACUCUAAACACACCAUGAACACACAUUGGGAAAGUCUUAAAACACUUUAUUGCACAAUUUUCACCAUUUCAACACAAGUGCAAAUUUCAUUGUUAUUACCAAAGCCAAGGCCAUCCUGUAAAUACAUUCCUAAAAGGUGAUUUCAAGCAUUUUGUAGAACAUUUAACUUAGAUUGUAACGGUGAGGUGGCUUUCAUUAAAAUCAUCUGCACAUGUUAAACUAAAAUACUGAAUAUUGUCAAACUUCUAAAAAUAAAGGCAACUUUAUUGCA